CUUCUCAGGUUCUUCUCCUUUUGAAAACAAGGCAGAUAGAAUUUAAAACCCCCUUCCCUCUUCUAUAUACAUAGCAGUCCUACAUACAACUCACUGAACAACAGAGAAUUACGGAGAAUCAAGUACUCAUGGCGGGAGGUAGAGAUGGAUCGAAGAAGGUUCAAUCACGGGGACUGGCUCGUGGCGCCGCUUCCGCCGCCACCUUCACCACCACCGCCGACGGCGAAGAGCUGACUGUUUCGGAGUUAAUUUCGCGCUUAGAUGAGGAAGGAAGGAGAAGGCUUGAGAGUAUGAAUCAGAAGCUGAGAGAUUUGGAGAAUCAGAUGGAGGCUUUGGAGACGGAGAUGAACAAGGCAAAUGAAUGCUGUUGAAUGGAGUUUAUGAUGAAAUUUUAAUCUUUGAUUGGAACUGUAUGUUUUUAGUUGUAGGUCUUUGCAGGAUAGAGUUAUAUAUAUAUAUAUA